AUGGCUGAAGCAGAGAACUUUGAGGAGGAUCUCUUUGCGGACCUCUAUGAGGACGGUGACGGCCCCAAGGGCGCAUCUGGCCCUCAACCCCCCAAACCCGCAGAACCUGCUGCCCCCAGCGUACCAGCAGCGCAGCCUGUCGCGGCCGAAUCAGCUGAUUAUCAUGCAAGCAACGCCAUGGACGAAGGCGGCGAUGACGAUGACGAUGUCGACUUCAACCUAGGCGGUAGUACUGCGCCUGCGUCAAACAGCUAUGCUCCUCCCGAGCCGCAAGGGGAACCUGAACCGUCGGCGCCUCCUCUUGGUACAGUGCACAAGGCCAGCGCCAAAGAUGAUGGCAAAAUGUUCAUCGGCGGGCUGAACUGGGAAACAACAGACCAAUCGCUGCGAGAUUAUUUCAGUCAGUUCGGCGAAGUCGUCGAAUGCACCGUUAUGCGUGACAGCAAUUCAGGAAGAUCCAGAGGAUUUGGCUUUCUGACAUUCAAGGAUGCCAAGACUGUCAACUCUGUUAUGAUUAAGGAGCACUUCCUUGACGGUAAAAUUAUCGACCCCAAGCGUGCCAUUCCUCGCGAUGAGCAAGAGAAAACGAGCAAAAUCUUUGUCGGUGGUGUCAGCCAAGACACCACUGACCCGGAAUUCAGAGAAUUCUUCGCCCAGUUCGGCCGUGUCAUCGAUGCCACGCUGAUGAUGGACAAAGACACCGGAAGGCCCCGAGGGUUCGGGUUCGUCACAUUUGAAAGCGAAGCUGGCGUCGAUGCUUGCAUCAAUAUCCCUCUGGAGAUUCACGGCAAACCCAUCGAAGUUAAGCGCGCGCAGCCCCGCGGCAAUUUGCGUGAAGAAGAAGAGGCGGCUAAGCGCGGAAAAUUCAAGAAGGGAGAUGAUCAAGGGCAGGGCAUGCAGCACACUGGUAACAGCGGCAUGACACCCCAAGUGAUGGCGCAGUACUUCUCGCGUAUGCAGCAGUACUUUGCUAUGAUGCAGUCGCAGAUGGCCAUGAACCGCGGCAUGAACAUGAACCCCGCCAUGUGGCAGAACAUGAUGCAGAUGCAACAAAUGCAGCAGAUGAUGGGCCGUGGUGGUGGUGGACAGGGCGGCUCCAACAUGAUGGCCAACAUGAACCCGCAGAUGAUGCAGCAGAUGCAGCAGCAAAUGAUGCAGCAGCAGCAGCAGAUGCAGCAGCAGCAACAGCAGCCCGGCGGUGCUAGUCCCAACAGCCAGGGCAAUGGAAGCGGCGGUUCCCAAAGCGGGUUCGAAGGAAGCAAUUUCGACCAAUUCCAGCAGCAGCCUCCGCAGGGCCCUGCAGGUGCUCGUCGCGGUGGCCGCGGCGGUUUUGGCGGCCAAGGAGGCUACAGCGGCAUGGGCGGCGGCCAGCAGCACGGCGGCAACGCGACCUCUUGGGAGGGGAUGUAUGAUGAACCACAACCCGGUGGCUACGGCCGUGGCGGACACGAUGCCCCUCCGGCCAACGCCCCCACGGGCCCGAAGAACCCGGGUCGUGGCGGAGGCGGCGGCAACUAUCGCGGCGGUGGCCGUGGAGGCAACAGAGGUUUCCACCCGUACGCGAGGUAA